GGUCACGUUAUCAUAGAAGUUUGUGUCUUUCAAUAGUUCAGACGCGGGUAUUUUAUGUCUUUUCUUUUUGGAUUUUUCUAAUGAAUUUUCACUGGUAACGUUACCGGUGAGUUAUCAUAGCAACAUUGCUAUUGUAGAACAUAUGUUCUAUUUGAUUUUCCCAUGUGGGAGUCUUUUUUAGCACAUAAGACUACGUUCAACACGUGUUGAUCAUGAUGCGCUGGACCUGUUAUCAGUGACGUCACUGCUACAGGGCGCCAUUUUGCUUCUUGAAGUUCUUCAUGCCAUGUGGUGUGAAGAAAUAAGCAGUUCCUAAACUCAGAUAACAUUGAUUUAUCGCUAAACCUGUAUUUUUUAACAUGGCUAAUGAGCCGGGGACGUCGUACAUGCGAGAGUCCGACAGUUUGGACAUUGUCGAUCAGGUUGACGACGAUGCAGGUCAGGAUGAGGAACGCAACGUGCAAAGGCACACGACGCAAUCCAAGUCGAAAAUGUCCACGAACGGUAUGUUUGACAUUUUCAUGAGCAAGCUCACAAUAGUUCAGAAAGAACUUCAAGACUUGAGAUCGCAAAGUAAAGGGGACACAUCGAGAAAACGCGGGCGAAGUAUGAGUACUCGUAGUUCGCCUCCCCCUGUUAAGAAAACAACAGUGAAACAGAGCAAAAGCUGUAAUCGAUCGUUUCACGAACUCAGUGAUGAUGACUCUGACGAAGAGACUUCAGAUAAAUCGGACGCUGAGGACGCACUGAAUUCCCUUAUUGAGGGUGAAAAUUGUAGCUCGUCGGACGACGAUGAAGCAUCCGCCUUGCACGAAUUAUCAGAAUUCUUUGGCGAUGAAGACAAAACUAGCGAGCCAUUAAGCCCUGAGUUGGCUAAAAUUAUGGAAAAAAUGUUCACAUCAAAAACGAAUUCGGAGAAAAUAAAAGAAAUCUCCAACAAAUAUGACAGGCCAAAGAACAUCAACAAUGUCUUUGCACCAAAAGUAAACAAAGUAAUAUGGGAAAAUAUGUCUGCAAAAAACAGGGCAAGCGACAUUAAACUUCAAACCACUCAAAACCUGGUGGGUAAAGCUAUGAUCCCCACUUUGAGACUGUUUGAUAUUCUCAUCAACACCAAUGCUAAGAAAGCGAUUGAUGUGAAGAAAGCAAAACAAUUGUGCGGCGACAUUUUGAAGUUUCAAAAAUGUGUGUUUCACAAUUUAUCCUUCAAACGGAGGGAACAAAUUAUUCAACCAGAGAGAAACAAGCAAUUCGUUAGCUUAUGCUCCGCUGAAAGCUCAUCCGAAAACCUUUUUGGAGAUGAUUUAGGGAGCCAAGUCAAGAACGUGCUAGAAGCAAAGAAGCUUGCACAGAAGAUAUCAAACAAAGAUUACAGUGGAAAAUACAGAAUUCCCAAAUUCUCAAAUAAUUAUGGGAAAAAGCCAAGGCAUGGAGCUGGAAAGAAUAAUUCUUUUUUGUCCAAGCAGUUCAGCUUCAACAAGAAAAAGAAGAAGGGGGAAACAAAUCAAUAGAAACAGAUGAGUGUCAUAAGCAGUGUCUUGAAGAAAAUCGAGGAGGAGGAAGUACAGUUUGCAUUGUUUAUAGCUCCAGUGUGGAAGACCCAGGCAUGGUUCCCGCAGCUGCUGCACCAAGUCGCAGGUCCUUGCUAUCCUCUACCAAAAACAGAACACCUGUUGAAGCUGCCGAAAGAUCCGAAGCGGCAACAUCCCUUGACCAAGAUGAAGAUGGGUGCGUUCAGUUUGUCCGGCAAUGCUUACAUGGUAGAGAGUUAUCAGCAGACACUAUCAGCAUUAUCUGCGGAUCAUGGCGGGAAUCCACAAAAAGACAGUAUAGGGGUUAUCAACAGAAAUGGUUGCAAUUUUGUUGUGAAAAACAGAGUGAUCCAUUUAAUGCAGAUAUAAAUUUAG